GCCAGUCACCAAGGGAGGCGCACACCGUACUGGUCACGUGACAUGUCGCGCGGCCGGUUCUGCUUCGCGCUGAACUGUUUUCCGAGCGACGACAUUCGCCAGCGGAUAUUCCUUUGAUAAAUCAUUGACAUCGAGAAGGAUAGGCAACAAAGGUCAUCAUCUGUAGACAACUCCCACGACCUACGAGCGCAUGCCUCUACAAAAGCUGAAAUGAAAGGAAGGCCUUCCUGUCCUGCAGUUGUAGAAGGCCCACCCUGACCCUUGGCUUCACACGAGCACCAUGCUGGAACUGGCGACCGUGGCAUCCAUCGUGACCGUGACCUCCACCAAGCCUCUUUCCUAUGACGAUUCUUCGACUCUCUCAGACCUCGGCAUGUGGACGAGCAGCAGCAGCAGGUGGGAUGACGUGGCACAGAACGACACACAGUCCUUGCUGCGGGAGCAGAGUGAUGCACGCUCGCUGCAGCUGCUGCCCGUUCUCGUCAUCCUGGGGCUGGUGAUGCUGAUGGGUGUGGUGGGCAACUGCCUCAUCGUCUACAUCUAUUGGAACAAGUUCAAGGCCAGCUGGUCGCGCACGGCCAUCGUGGCGCUGGGCCUCUUCGACCUGGUGAGCUGCACGCUGGGCGUGCCGGGCGAGAUGGUGGACCUGCGUUUCUCCUUCGACUACCCCAGUGACGCCAUCUGCAGGGCGUCCCGUGCCGUUGCCACCUUCCCUAACAUCGCCUCUGGCAUCAUGUUGGUGGCCGUAGCCUUCGACCGCUACCGCCUCAUCUGCCUACCUCACCGCCCCAACACGGCUUCACGGAACGGCGCCCGCCGUCACGUGGCCUUCGCGUGCUUGUGUUCCCUUCUCUUGACAUGGCCGGCGGCGCUGGUGUACGGAACCAAGAAAUCUGAGGUCCCCGGAAUGACUGGGUUGCCAGGACAAGAGUGCUCCACCAGCGAAAGAAUGGCAGGAACGCACUUCCCGCUGAUCUACAGCGGCAUUCUCAUGCUGGUCUUCCUGUCCACCUUCAUCUCCAUGUCCGUCUUCUACUUCCUGAUCGGGCGCCAAGUGUACCGCCAGGGGGAGUUCCGGAAGACGUUGAUGCAGCUCCGCGAUUGGAAACGCAAGAACACGCUGAGCGAGCUGGAGGCCUCUGCAGCCUCUGAUCCCGACGCUGGAGGUGGAGGUGGAGCAGGAGACGUGUCCAAUGGGGACUGCUCUCCUUCCGGUGUCUCCUACCAGCCGGACGUCGUCGCAGCUGCGGCGGAACUCUCGCGGGGGACAUCGCCGGAGAAAGUCUCUGCUUCGGAGGAGCCAACUUCCCCCGUGAGCCCCCCCCUCUCACCUGUUUUCUCUCUGGCCUCGCCUCCCCUGUCGCCUAGCGUCCUGAAAUUAAAUCAUCACCGCAGGUUCAGUCGUUCGACUUCGGUCUUGCGGCGCCUGCGCGGUAGGACUUCCGGUGACUCGGUAAUCAACUCGCGCACGCGCAAGACGACCUUCAUGCUGUGCCUUAUCUCCAUCGUCUUCGUCUUCAGCUACCUGCCUCACUUGGUGGUCAAGAUCGCACGCUCCAGUAAAAAGAAUUUUCUUGCCGACGACAGCACCAGCAGCCUCGUCAUCUACAACCUCUGCGUGCGCUCAUACUUUCUCAACAGCUUCGCCAAUAUCUUUAUCUACGGUUUUUGCAGCUUCCGGUUCCGGAAGGAGUGCUGGAGUCUACUUCGGGGUCUGAUUCCGUGGAAGACUUGCAAUAGAAAGUUUAGGACAUGUAGAAAUGCAGACAUAGAUUCGUGAAAAGCUAGGAUUUAAUUUUACCAAACACAUUAUCAUCAUUGUCGUCUUUUCAGCAAUCUUUAACAUGAUGGUGGUUUAUACAUGUGCAGUGGAACAAACAUUUUUUGUUGCAAUACAGAGACAGAGAGGCAGAAUGUUCAGCAGCACCUUUAAUAAUAAUAGUCAGUGUAAUGCCUGCACCAGAGCAGAAUAUAUGUAUUACAAGCCGUUUGACUUUCAUCAUCGCCGUCUCGAGGUGUCAACUGAAAACUUCAAAACACUUGUGAUCAGCAGUAGAGCGAACAGGUCAUUGGUGAUGAACUCGCAGCCACUCUUCUCUCCUUCUGGUCGUCUCAUGAUUCUCUUCCAGUUGGCACAAUGGGUGGGAUAGAGGGAGGGAAAUAAAGUGGAACACUUUAACUGACAGACUCUAAUGUCCAUGAUAUGUGUACAAUAAACUAGGAAGAGGAACAAAGUCCUUGUUUAUUUGUCAGUUGACAAUCAGCUGUUUACUCAUUCUGACAUAGCCUUGGUCUGUGGAAACUCUAUGAAACAAUUACAUCUCACGUUUAUUAUUGUGGUUCUUUGUGGAUUCCUAGUUAUCAAUACACAAACACGGUGUGUCUUUAUAGUUCAACAAUUUCUAAUCCUCUAAGACCUCAUACAUAGUUUGAGGGGUGGGGAAUGAAGUGGGGAUGAUGAGUGUGAUGAGCACAUACGUAGGUGAAUGUGACUGAUGUAGUGUGAAUGUGACUGAUGUAGUGUGAAUGUGACUGAGGCAGUGUGAAUGUGACUGGUGUAGUCGAGUUCUUGAAUGUGACAUGCAGCCAAAUAUGAAUGACAGUGUAGUGAGUUGUAGUAAGUCUUGUGUUGUCUCCUGUAUGAAUGGUGUUUUGUGUCUGACGUCUUGUGUGCGUCAUUUGUUCCACGUCACUUGAAGCAGAAAAAGACGUCAUGUAUAAAAAUAGCCAAGUGAGAGGGAAAACAACGGACUUCUCCGCCAUCUUUAUGACUAUCUCAGUGACAAUUCUCUGAAUUUGUGCCUCUUUGAUUGUAUUCAUGUACAAAUCUCUUCAUCCUCAUCGUCAUCUGAAGGGGGCUCGUCAAGCGUUGUGUGUGUGUCUCGUGAGUGUGUCAUGUAAAUAAGAUAAGUAAAUGUUCGUUCGUCAUUACAUACAGCUGAAUACGAAUGAUACAGCCGAAUGUGAAGUAUACGAUUUAAUGUGAAUGUUGUAGCCGACUGUGACUAACGUUGAAAUAACUUUGUUGUAGAAAACAAAAAUCAGACUUUAAUAAAUGGUUUCUGUUAGGACUGAAAUAUUUCAGACCCUGACAUCAGUCACAUCAAACUGAGGUUUUGUAAACAAGUGUCAGCUGACUGCGCCUUUGAUUAUUCCGUCGUUUAAAAUACGUGAGUGAAGAUAAUAGCCCUAUUAUACAGCUGCUGACUUAUUACUCGAAAAUGAGGAUCUACCACAGGCAUGCAUAGGAAAUGACUUCUCUCCUCGUACGUGUCCUGUACACACUGGCCAGUCUGAUCCUUGAGUGGUCGUUCUCAAUUUCCAAACUCUUCUCAGCAAUUUUUUUUCUGAAAUUGUGACCAGCCUCCUUCAAGAACUUUGUUGCUUCCUCAGCUCAGGGAUGUUUGAAGAAUUAUCUCUCUCAGACCACAACCGGCUACAGGAAAACGUUCUUAAUACCAUAAUACAAAACUUGUCAUCAGCAAGCUCGAUCUUUCUUGGUCGUAGGUGAAUAAUGAAGGCUUGCUUGAGGCAUAUUAUCACGGUGUGUGUGUGUGGGUUUUUUUUUUUUUUAAUAUUUGGGGUGUUGUAGUACAGAGUGUAGUACAUUUUGUCCGGAGUUCUGUUGUAAUGAAAGUUGUUGUUGUUGUUGUUGUGUGUCAGUUCAGCUUUAGAGCACAACACAACAGUCACACUGUAACAGUCAGCUCAAAAAUCGUAUGCAUUGCUUAUAUUACAAUGUUUAGCUGUAUUCAUGAUGGUGGUAGAACUGAUGUGUUCACUUGAACACUGCCGUGACGCAGUGUACUACAAUGAUAGAGAUGUCAGCUGAUACUCACCAGGCUCCGAUUUCUCAUCAUGUAAAAUAGAAUCGACUCUAAAUUGCAUGCACUUUGAACCCUCUUUGUCAAGCCCUGUGCCCCACACUUGUUUGCGUGCGUGUGUGUGUGUUUUCCUUUGGAACUCGCUGUCUACAACACUUACAUAGCAGAAACAAAACGGAAGUGACUCCAUCAGUCGUAUGACUUCCGCUUUCCUGUCAGACUCAUCGCCUGUAGCCUCCCCGUUAUUACUACUGAAAAUGAUGACCUACUGACGAAAGGUGCCCUUUUGUUUCUACAUUUAAAUUCUUAAAGUCAAAUAGGUCUGAACUAAUCAAAAUAGCUAGAAUUUCAGAGUCUGACUAGGCUGGUCAUCUAUCAGUCUCUUAGUACCUUUAUCUUUGUAAAUGAAGAUAACUUAUAAUUCUCUUGCCACCUUAGUUUUAUUGCUGUGUUUAUGGCCAUUCUUCUCUCUGUUGGUAAAAUAAUGAGGUGACUUAAGGGUUUGCUUCUUGUUUUGUUGCCAAUUUAGCUAGUUUAUCAGCCUUUUCAUUUCCUUUUAUUCCUAUAUGAGAUGGAACCCAAAGGAACUUAAUAUUUCUAUUUUCUUGCUAAUCUUCGUUGUAAUAGAUACUACCUUAUAUACUAUGUCUAUUCUGCUUGAGGACUUGGUUUUUUAGAGACUGGAACGCUGAUAGCGAUCCAGAUAUUAGUAAGUAUUGUCGCUGCAUGGUGUCCUUCAUUUUAAGAUGAAGUAUCUGAAGUGCUGUCAGUAUGGCACUUAGUUCCGUCCCUUCCACUUAUCAAUCCUGCACGUCUUCGCGAGUGGUGGCUUAACGACAUUCGCGUCACGUCACAUAAUCAAAUCACAAGCAAGUGUGAAAAUUUACUCGAAAGACAAAUUUUAUUAAAAUAAAUAAAUAAAUAAAGCCAACAUGAGAGUAAACUGAAAUAGCAUCCUACUUUGUGGCUUUAUAACCUUUAUGACCUUAUAACCCUUUUAACACUGAGAACAAAACAUAAAUAAACAAUUUACGUUA